AUGCACUCUCCCAAGAAAAAAAAACUCUAGCAAUACACACUAAACUGAGCAUGUGCAGAGUGACUCCACAUUAUAUGUCUGAUCAGGAGAUAAGAGGGGGGCACUGGAAGAAGGGGAGGAUAAGAGAAGUCAGGAUCAAACAGCCUCAAUGCAGAGCAUGCUUUCUGCAUAUACAGACUGAUUUUACUGUUAUAUAGUGAAUGCAGGGUCCUGGAUUUAGUAACACUUUAAUAAGAUAGCAAAUAUGCUGAAUGCCAGUGAACCAGACAGAGAACAUCCUGCAA